AUGCGGGCCUAUUAUUUGGGGAGUCGGAGUUACCGGGACGUGCUUCAGCUGCAGGAGGUUAUCUUUCAGAAGAAAAUUGAACGGCAACUAAGGCGGCUUCGUGAAAAUUCGGACGAGAGCCUCGUCCCUGACACUGUGCUGCUUGUGGAGCACGAUGCACCGGUAUACACGGUUGGUAGGCGGGACACCUCCGCAGGGAUUCCUGCGAAGUGUGCCGUGGAGGUAGUGAAGACGCGGCGGGGAGGCGGUGUGACCUUCCACGGGCCAGGGCAGGUGACAAUGUACCCGAUCGCCAAUAUUCAGCUGCUGUGGAAGCAAUGCACGUCGUUGGAGAAGGCGCGCUCGCCCAUUGUGUGGUACAGUUCUGUGCUGGAGCAGGCCAUGGUAGACACCGCAAAGAACUACAACGUCCCAGCCCACCGGGGGAAGGUUGGGGUGUGGUCCGACCGCUGGCGCAACGCCGCCCCGCGGAAACUUGGCUCUAUUGGUCUUCAACUGGGGAGCUGGGUGUCGAUGCAUGGGGCGGGUUUUAACGUUUGCAAUGAUCUUCGCUACUUCAAUGAUAUCAUUAUGUGCGAGAUGCCGGACGCCGCGGCGACCUCGUUGGUGGAGGAGAUGCGCCUGCGGGGUCUCGGUGAGGCCGAGCCUACCCCCAGAAGUGUCGCCCCCUUGCUCCUCGACAACUUUUUAAUGAACCUUCGCCAGCAGGAGAACAUCGUGUCGACGAAACUCCUUGAUGUCUCGGGGGUUGCAGAUUGGCGGCAUCGCGUUCUCCACUGCAUCGAGUGA